GUCUAAGUUCUCAGCAGAAAUUCUGAUUUAGUUUACAACGAUAUUCAGUUCCUUUAAUGUCUGUGCAUUCCCCUGCAAAAUAAACGGAAUUCUCUGUCACCGUGGAACCUCUUAGAGGUGUUUUGUAGGGAUAGAUCCUGACUCGCAAUUCGCAUUGCACAGGAGAUAGUGGCUUUGUGCCGUACCCUCAGAUUUUUUGUGUGGAAAAUGGAUAAUCUCGAGAAGGGGAACAGGUCGGACGAAGAGUGCGAAUCAUUUGAGGAGGAAGAAGUGGACCCUAGAAUUCAGGGGGAGCUGGAGAAACUCAAUCAGUCCACAGAUGACAUCAAUAGGUGUGAAACAGAACUAGAGGAUGCUCGACAGAAAUUUCGCUCUGUGCUGGUGGAGGCCACCGUGAAGCUGGAUGAACUGGUUAAGAAGAUCGGAAAAGCAGUAGAGGAAUCCAAGCCUUACUGGGAGUCUCGGCGAGUAGCACGACAGGCUCAGCUGGAGGCUCAGAGAGCCACACAGGACUUCCAGAGAGCCACUGAGGUGCUACGGGCAGCUAAAGAGACCAUUGCUUUGGCAGAGCAGAGACUGCUGGAGGAUGAGAAGCGACAGUUCGACUCUGCCUGGCAAGAGAUGCUCAAUCACGCCACACAGAGAGUGAUGGAGGCGGAACAGACAAAAACACGCAGUGAACUGGUACAUAAAGAGACAGCUGCUAAAUACAAUGCUGCUAUGAGCCGCAUGAAGCAGCUGGAGAAGAAGCUGAAGCGCACCAUCAGCAAGUCUAAGCCCUAUUUUGAGCUGAAGGCAAAGUACUAUCUCCAGCUUGAGCACCGUAAAAAGAAUGUGGAUGAGCUACAGUCCAAGCUGACCCAAGCUAAAGGGGAAUACAAGACUGCGUUGAGGAAUUUGGAAAUGAUCUCAGACGAAAUUCAUGAACGCAGACGCUCCUCUGCAAUUGGUCCACGAGAGCGUGGGGUUGGUGCUGAGGGUGAUGCAGUGGCAGGAGAAGAUCUAACUAAUUUCAAAAUGGAAUCAGAUGGUAUCUCCAUGGCCUCUGAGACAUUUGAGGAUGAAAACUGCAGCACCAGUGCCAUGUCAGAGGAAGACUCAGAAACUCAGUCCACCUGCAGCCUAAGCUCAGGAUCCAAUAACCCCCUUGAUCUACCCUGUCCCUUCUCAUCCUCUUCAUCCUCUUCCUCUUCCUCCUCUUCCUCCUCUUCUUCUUCCUCCUCCCCAACCCCAUCGUCUCGACCCUGUAGCCUGGACCUGCCAAGCACCAUCUCGCUGUCUGACUUUGGCCUGAUGUCCCCCAUCCUUGGCCCUCGUAGUGAGUGCAGCGGUGCCUCUUCACCUGAGUGUGACUUGGAACGAGGGGAUCGAGCAGAGGGAGCAGAGGCUGAGCUUGAUAAUGCUCUGAAUAACAACAACAACAGUAGCAGCAGUGGCAUUAAGAAGAGCUUUGGUCUGGAUAGUUUCCGUCUUCUGUCCCUGAAACGAGGCCGGACGGAUAGCUCCAAAAACGCUGAACGCGAUCGUCUCAGCCUGGCUCAGCUCUCCUCCCCCAACACGCUCCUCAUCAACUGAGCGUAACGGGGCGUGAAUGUGUCCGACCUGACAUUUACAUUACGAAAGUCCCUCCAUCAUAUCCCUCUCGUCCACCAGUUGUGUGUUCCAGUGAACUUUGGAAACCUCCCAAUUCUCCCAUCAUCACUGAACUUAACCUAAGACCUUCAUGAGGAGAGAUGAAACAUUCAACUUGGAAUGUCUAGAGGGUUCAAACAGAGCUUCAGGAGAGAGAAUACGGGUUGCUAAGGACACAAGUCCUUUGACCCAACUAGUGCUGCGAAGACACUGGAAAUUGCUGGAACUGGCCAUUUACUCCAUUUGGCAGUGGCUGGCGUGAAAAAACAAUCAUGGGAUGACUGCUCUCCAUCCGCACAUUUAAAAGGUGAUCCAGACCCUGAGGGUCAAAAGAGUCCUUGAAUGUUAAAAAUGUUUUCUGUGUUGUUUACCUUUUGCGCACAUUUUGAUUAGAGCAGGAAUGAGAUGGCAGAAUUGGAUAGAAUUGUAUUAUGGCACAUGGUCGGAGGAAUGUGCCCUUGGGUUUGAGGUGAAAAGUAAAAUGAAAUGUUGAAGUGAUUAAAUAAGACAGAGCAGAAAGUAUGCCAUAAAGUCUCUUGCCCUCUUACUCUGCCAUAUCCACAGUAACUAAAUUACUGACCUGUAAAUACCAGAGUUAUACACGCUCCAAUACUAUGUGUAGAUCUUCUGAAAUAUACUUAAGUAGAACACUGGUUUCUGCUCAGCAUUUGCCUGGAACACAUCAGAUUCAGCUCAGCAUGGACUAUACCUGCACAUGAAAACAACAAGUCUCUAAAAGAGGAAGAGUGCAGAAUUUAAAAAAAAAAAAAAGGAG